AUCUCUCUCCGCUCAUCAGGAGUUGGGUGAUAAUUCAACAGUUAUGUCAUUAGGUGCCUGAGGAAGGAAAGCUGUCAUGUUCACUGCUGCAGACCUGUCCUCUGCAUCUCCCACAACAUUUCAGCCCCAUUUCUUCCUGUCAGCAGCAUCGACUCAUUUGCAUCUCCCAGUUUGUCUCGUUUGAAGAGUUCUCCAGGCAGCUGUUACUUUACGCGCAGCCUCGAUGUGCGCAGGCUUGCACAAACUCCCAUCCAGCAUGCACCUGGAUAGGUGAGAGUUGCGCACACGCAAACAGGGAGAAAACAUUUCUUUUUUCUUUUUUUAAAGAGCGCGUCUUUCUCUCCGGGACUCCACUCCCUUCUGCCAGAUCUCCCUCCGAUGCAAUUAACCCAGGAAGACGACUUCGUCAAGAGGGACUCCACGCCGACCACCGCAGCUCUCCAGUCCGACGGCAGCGCCGGUUCUCCGGCCAAAAUGUGCAGUGAAUGUUACGUGAAUCAGUCAUUUGUGAACGAUGAUGGAACCGUGAACAACCACAAACCACGCUCUUCUCCAGCUCCCCUUCAGACCAACAGGAACAGCAGCAGCGGGAUCAUCUUGGACAUCUCCACCCUUAAGAUGGAGCAGCUCGAGAGCGAGGUGCCUCCACUGCCGCCCCGCUUCCGCUUCAGAGACCUGCUGCUCGGGGACCAGGGAUUCCCGAAUGAUGACAGGGUGCAGGUGGAGUUUUACGUGAAUGAAAACACCUUCAAGGAGCGCCUGAAGCUGUUCUUCAUCAAAAACCAAAGAUCAAGCCUCAGGAUCCGUGUGUUCAACUUCUGCCUGAAGCUUCUCACCUGUCUGCUGUACAUCAUCAGAGUGAUGACAGAUAAUCCCGGUCAGAGCAACGCCGCUACUCACAGCGCCGGACAGCAGAACGCUCCCAGCGGCAACAACAAAUGUGUCGACUGCCUGUGGAACGGAUCGGUGCAGGACAGAGAAAUAAACUGGGGGUUGAUCUUCUGGGUGGAUAGGAAGGUUCCUGUUUGGGCCAUUCAAGUGAUCGUGGCCAUCAUUAGCUUCCUGGAGACCAUGUUGCUAAUGUAUCUGAGCUACAAGGGGAACAUUUGGGAGCAGAUUUUCCAGGUGUCUUUUCUUCUGGAGAUGAUCAACACGGUUCCCUUCAUCAUUACGAUCUUCUGGCCUUCAAUAAGGAACAUCUUCAUCCCUGUGUUUCUCAACUGCUGGUUGGCUAAAUGUGCUUUGGAGAACAUGAUCAAUGACGUCCACAGAGCGAUCCAGAGGACCAACUCAGCCAUGUUCAACCAGGUCCUCAUUCUCAUCUGCACCCUGCUCUGCCUCGUCUUCACUGGCACAUGUGGGAUUCAGCACCUGGAGCGAGCGGGCAAGAAUCUCUCCCUCUUCAAUUCCUUCUACUUCUGCAUCGUCACCUUCUCCACCGUGGGCUUCGGAGACGUGACUCCUCGCAUCUGGCCGUCCCAGCUGCUGGUAGUCAUCAUGAUCUGUGUGGCUCUGGUGGUGCUGCCUCUGCAGUUUGAGGAGCUCAUUUACCUGUGGAUGGAGAGGCAGAAGUCUGGAGGGAACUACAGCCGCCACAGGGCCCAGACAGAGAAACAUGUAGUCCUGUGUGUCAGCUCACUCAAAAUAGACCUGCUCAUGGAUUUCCUCAAUGAAUUCUACGCACAUCCCAGACUGCAGGAUUACUAUGUGGUGAUCCUGUGUCCGAGUGAAAUGGAUCUGCAGGUUCGAAGGGUGCUGCAGAUCCCUCUGUGGUCUCAGAGAGUCAUCUACCUGCAGGGGUCUGUCCUCAAAGACCAGGAUCUGCUGAGGGCCAAAAUGGAUGAUGCAGAGGCUUGCUUCAUCCUGAGCAGUCGGAACGAGGUGGAUCGCAUGGCUGCGGACCAUCAGACCAUCCUGAGAGCUUGGGCAGUGAAGGACUUCGCUCCAAAUUGUCCUCUUUAUGUCCAGAUACUCAAACCUGAAAAUAAGUUUCAUGUUAAGUUUGCAGAUCAUGUUGUGUGUGAGGAGGAGUUCAAGUACGCCAUGCUGGCUCUCAACUGUGUGUGUCCUGCCACCUCCACCUUGGUCACGCUCCUCGUGCACACUUCCCGUGGACGAGAGGGCCAGCAGUCUCCGGAGCAGUGGCAGAGGAUGUAUGGAUGUUGCUCCGGCAACGAGGUCUACCACAUCCGACUGUGUGACAGCAAGUUCUUUGGAGAGUAUAAUGGCAAAAGCUUCACAUACGCCUCCUUUCAUGCUCACAAGAAGUAUGGAGUGUGUCUGAUCGGUAUAAAGAGGGAGGACAACAAGAGCAUCCUGCUGAACCCUGGUCCUCGACACAUCAUGGCGGCCUCAGACACCUGCUACUACAUCAACAUCACCAAGGAGGAGAACUCAGCCUUCAUCUUCAACCAGGAGGAGAGGAAGGGCCGUCCUGUCGGGGGGCUCCUGGAUGGACCCUGUCAGCUUCCUGUGCACAGCAUCAUCGCCAGCAUGGGCACCGUUGCCAUAGAUCUUCAGAAUACGAGUCCACCUGACCCCUCGAGUGGUAAGCUGAUCCCUCCUACGGUGAACGGAACAGGAGGCCGCCGACCCAGCAUCGCUCCGGUCCAGGAAAUAGCCGACUCCGCUUCAAUCCUGCCGUGUGACCUCCUCAGUGACCAAUCAGAAGAUGACUCCGUCUUCACAGAUGAGAAAGGCCACCCAUCUACUGAGUAUGUGAAAGGUUAUCCCCCUAACUCUCCGUACAUUGGGAGCUCGCCCACUUUGUGCCAUCUGCUGGCUGAAAAAGCCCCGUUUUGCUGCCUACGACUGGACCAGGGCUGCAGGCACAACAGCUUUGAGGAUGCCAAGGCUUACGGUUUUAAAAACAAGCUCAUCAUUGUGUCGGCUGAGACUGCAGGGAAUGGUCUCUAUAACUUUAUAGUGCCUCUAAGAGCUUAUUACAGACCCAGGAAAGAGCUCAACCCUAUUGUCUUGCUGCUGGAUAACCCGCCUGAUAAUCACUUUCUGGAGGCCAUCUGCUCUUUUCCGAUGGUCUACUACAUGGCUGGAUCCAUAGACAACCUGGACAGCCUGCUGCAGUGUGGCAUCAUCUACGCUGAUAAUUUGGUCGUUGUGGAUAAAGAGAGUACAAUGAGUGCCGAGGAGGACUACAUGGCUGAUGCCAAAACCAUUGUCAACGUGCAGACGAUGUUCAGGUUGUUUCCCAGUCUCAGUAUUAUCACAGAGCUUACUCAUCCGUCCAACAUGAGAUUCAUGCAGUUCAGAGCGAAGGACUGCUAUUCUCUGGCUCUCUCCAAGCUGGAGAAGGAGCGAGACAAAGGCUCCAACCUGGCCUUCAUGUUUCGCCUGCCGUUUGCUGCAGGGAGAGUGUUCAGUAUUAGCAUGCUGGACACACUUCUCUACCAGUCUUUUGUGAAGGACUACAUGAUUCUUAUUGCGAGGCUCCUGCUGGGACUGGACACCACUCCUGGAUCAGGAUACCUCUGUGCUAUGAAAGUAACAGAAGAAGAUCUGUGGAUCAGUACUUAUGGCAGAUUGUUCCAGAAGCUCUGUUCCACUAGUGCUGAAAUUCCUAUUGGCAUCUAUCGGACAGAGUCCCACAUUUUCUCUACUUCUGAGUCGCAGGUGUCAGUCAGUGUUGAUGACUGUGAGGACACAAAGGACAGGGGGGACGAGUCUCGCAGCAACGACCAGUCGGAUCACCCCCUCCUGAGGAAGAAGAGUAUGCAGUGGGCUCGGCGUCUGAGUAAGAAGAGCGUGAGGUGGCAAGGGGUGAACCGGGACUCCAGCAAAGACCACGCCCAGCGCAUCGCUCAGCAGCGCCUCAACCUCUACAGACGCUCUGAGAGGGAGGAGCUGUCCGAGCUGGUCCGCAACCGCAUGAGACACCUGGGCCUCCCCACAUCUGGAUAUGAAGACCUGUCGAAUCUGACCGCCUGCGACGUCAUGAACAGAGUCAACCUGGGCUACCUGCAAGGUAAUCAAGUUGUGAUCCUGAGCCAGGUACACGUUAAAUCAUCACACCAUCACACACACAUGACUGUCCUGUUUUCAGAUUGUGGUGGUGUUUCUGUUUCAGAUGAGCAGAACGAUCACCAAAACACUCUUUCUUACGUCCUGAUUAAUCCUUCUCCUGACACCAGGCUGGAGCUCAAUGACAUUGUCUACUUGAUUCGCUCGGACCCUCUGGCUCACGUCCCCGAGGAGCCUCCUGUUCGCAGCAGCAGCCUCAAAGAGCGACGCGAGUCCAGCAUAGACACCAGAGAGGACACCCAGCUCUGAUAGCAUACUGGCCUUCACUGGUGCGCUCCUUCUUAGUCGCCCCCCUCCUCCUCCUCCUCCCUCACACACCGUUUGGCUUUCAUGGGGGGGUCUGGUUGCAGGUUCGGUCUGAAAGAGGACAAUUUGUGCUCAAAUGUCUCAGUACUGCAGUCUGCCACUGUAUUAUAUGAGUGCCUACUGUUUGUCAGAUGACAUUUGAUGUCAUCUGUGACAUUUUCAUCCUCUCGCCACAGACACUGUAUGUAAGAAUAGUGCAUUCAUUUUCGUGAGAGCUCUUUCAGAUGAGCAGUCAGGGACAGGCUUGUUAGCAAAUGACUCCAGCAAACUGAAUGAGGAAUCACAGAAAUCACCCUUUUAAGUGUCAUUGUCAAUGACAGCUUGUGAAUUUUGCGAAGUUCAAGCUGCGAUUUUAGGAUACAGAGGUUGGUGUUCCAGGAUUUAUCCAUCCUUUUUCUGCUUUUAGGGAUCAUCUGAAAUCAGGUGCACAUUCUAAAUUUCCCUCUGCUGCACAAUUACCUAUUUACUACCAAUUACAUCACAUCAAACAUCACUUUCAGCACAAUGUGACUUCAAUGAAUUAUGUGCAUUAAAGCUUUUUAAGCUUAUUUUUUUGUAGCUGAAUCAUAGAAGUAGUUUUUCCAGUGGUGUAGAGGUCUUUAUUAGUAAGUUAUGUACAGACAGUGAUGGUUAUUUAUAUGUUCGCUGCAGUGCAUUUCUUAGGGUCAAUGAGAUUUUAGCACUACAAGAGUGUAGUUUAACCCUUUAAGCAGGACAUGCCAUAUAUUCAAUAUUGUGCCAUAAAGGAUUUAUUUGAUUUGUACUAUAUUAGUAAUCAGAGAACAACGUUUUACUUUCAGCACUGCUCAGUGAAAGAAUUUGCUUAAUAAUUUCCAUUUGUGGUUGUUUGAGCGAGGUCUGUAUCUUUAAAGAACUUUUGAACUCAUAUAUAUUUGAAUGUUGAACAUAUUUGUACUUGAGUCUCAUUUUAUUUGCACAUUAAAGUGCUAUUUUAUGAAGAAAUAAACAUAUUGAAACUAUUUUUAGUUUUGAGAAAGAACUUUUAGCUUAGCUACGUGUCUUUAAUCCAGGUUAAAGACAUCUGCUACGCUGGCUUUAAAGAAACAGUUACACAUUUUUGAAUUUGCAGAGCUGUAGAGAUCUUUUUAAAGAUGGAUGCAGCUUGCAGUUUUUUGUGCAUUAAAUUUUAAGAUGAAAAGAUUAAAAAAAAUCAACCACAACACCUCUAAUUAAUUAGCAUACUACAUGUAGUGUAUUUAAUAUUUCCAGAAAGUGUAAAAAUGGUAGGUAUUUGUCAGCUGUUUGCCUCCAUAUUUUACAAACCACUAUUUAGUCCUUCAUGCAUAGUUUAAGCGGUUUGGUAUUAAAUAUAUCGAAGGUGAUUUUUCUUGAUCCUGUCAGUCAAUUAUGAGAUUACAAAAAGGCUUUUAAUAGACACAUGGUGCACUCACUUGUAAAAAAAGAGUGGAAUUGAAUUAAAAUGAUAAACUUCUAUUAAUUUUGAGAGCUAUAUUUGUAUGAUACAAACAGACAGGUCAGAUAAAUGAGGGAUUUGUUACACUUGUAAAUAAACUCUAGAUGCAGGUGUUAACACACCAGGGGGUGCUGCAGAAAGGUCUUAAUAACUUUUACUGAUUUUACGAGAAUUGCUUAUAAACAUCAUUUUGAACUAAUGCUGUUUUUAGACAUGAUUCCAGUAGGAUCGUUGGACCAUUCUGGAGUCUAACUUUGCUGAGAAGGAAAACUUAAUGCAGAUUUUUUUUCUGUGAAUGACUUUUUUUGUCACAGAAAGAGCUGAAUACUAUGUUAUAUCAAACUUAUCUUAUAUAAUGAAAAUACAAUAAAAAUCUACGUAUUUGAAGGAA